AUGAGCGGCCUCGCAACAGCUGCCGCAGGUCAAAACUUUGUCGCUCCCCACCCAACUUCGCAGCACCCUUUGCCUAGCCCGGCUGCCAAUUCUGUCGAUCCCCUAUACUCUGCCAACUCUGGCAUACCGCGAGGUCCAGUCAACGCCUGGGGGUGGCCUUCUGGCUUCAAUCAACCCUCGCCUGUGUCCAACGCAGCCGGUCCCAGCCGAUCAUCGACGCUCGCUUCGACUCCGCUCGCUUCCCCUUCAUUUGGUUCGGCAACCAUGUUCACCCCGCAAACCCAGCCGCUCAAUCACCAACAUCAGCAUCAGCAGCUCCAGCAACCACAGCUGCAGCUUCAGCAUCCGCAACAUCCACAGCAUUUGCAGCAUCUGCAUCAUUCGCAGCUCCAGCAGCAAAGUCAACAGCACCCGCAGCAGCAACAACAACAUCUGCAGCACCACCUUGGCGCACAGCAGCAGCAUCACGUGCAGCUUCAGCAACAACAGCAUCUCCAGCAGCAGCAGCAACAACAACAACAACAACAACAACAACAACAGCAGCAGCAGCAGCAACAACAACAGCAACAACAACAGCAGCAGCAGCAGCAGCAACAACAAGGCCAACAGCCAGCUCCUCAGCCCAAUCAGGUAAAGAGCACGGUCUACCCGCCUCAGCCGUAUGGUAAUCCAUCCGCUUUCACAGCUCCCAGCCACACAUCGUCGCCUAACAGUGCAGGCAAGCCAAGCACGCCCAAUAGCCACUCGGUCAUGAUGAGUAAAAAGCGCACCGCCAGCAAGAGCCCUGACUUUGAAAGCAAGGACAAGCGUUCACGGCCCGAAGACGGCGUGGCGAGCGAUGCCAAAGGCGCCGAGGCCAACCUCAGCCAUUCUAGCACCGUAUCGGAUGGUCGCGCGUGGGGAGAAGAGGCCACUAAGCUCGACGUCUAUGUCUGGGACUACCUCAGCCGUAGGGGAUUCAACUCUGCUGCCAAGGCGCUUAUGAACGAGGCAGGAAUGACCGAGCCGCCAGAAGUUCCGCUUCGCACGCCACAGGGUUUGCUUUUCGAAUACUGGGCCAUCUUCUGGGACGUCUUUGCCGCUCGCUCUGGGCGCGGAGGAACCGAAGCGGCCGCUUAUUACGAAUAUCAAGAGUCUCGCAACUUGCAGCGCCUCGCUGAUGCCACGCGCAAGACCGAAGCUCUCGAAGCACAGUACCAACCGCCUGAGAACGCGUCGCGCUUUCCGAACAUUGUCGUUUCAGGAAUGAACGCAGACCCUGGCGCCGGUGGCGCAGCAGUCACUGGUGGGCCCAAUGGUCGAGCACCAGCCCAAGGUACAUGGAAUCCUGCAGCCCUCCCGCAGGCACAGCAGCAGCAACUGCUCAUCACGGCUGCCCAGCGUCAAAAUAUCCCGCUUCACGAGAUCAAGAACCUCACGCCAGCUUCACGAAUGGCCUUGAUCAACUCGAUGAAUCCCAAUAAUCCUGCCAAUGCUCAGGCGGUGCGUCCGGGCAUGAACAACCAGCUUAUGGAGCAGCAGCUCCAGGCUCGCUUGCAGCAACAACAGGCGCUUCAUCGCAUGAUGCAACAGCAGCGCCAGGGUGUGCCUGGCUCUGCGCCAAUGCCCAACACCAUGCAGGUGCGACCACCUAUGGGUCCACAGCAGAUGCCAGGCGCUGCUGGGUCGCCGGUCACGUCAACCCCUGGUGGUGGCGGACUGGAUGGUCGGCGCUCAGUCCCACCGGGUGCAGAGCCAAAUCGACUCGAACACAUGACCGGUCCACCAGGUGCCAUGGCUCCAGGUAACCCACAGGCUCAUCCGCAACAGCCUCCUACACCCGGAGGAUCACAACCUCAACCUCAGCAACAAGGCCAGCAGCAGCAACAGCCUGGCGGACCAGCGCAGCCUGGUCAAGGCUCGCAGCAGCAGCAGCAGCAGCAACAACAACAACAACAGCAACAACAACAGCAGCAGCACCCGCAGCUCAAUCCGCAUCAGCAACAGAUGGUCAUGAAUCAAUUUCAGAGCGUCCAGGCGGCCAUGCGCGAGGAGUGGAUGAAAGCACAGAAUGCGCCCAAUCAAACCACCGCCGCCGACUUUUAUGCUAACGUUCAGGCGUACCAAGCCAAAGCUCAAGGGCUUCAGAACCUGCUGCGAGCUCAGGCCAACUAUCAGGGCGGCGCUGGAGCCGUUGGCCCACCUAACGGGAGUCAGCCCGGUAUGCCAGGCCAGCCUGGUCCAUCGCCGCAAGUGCGGCCCCCUGGUAUGCCCGGGUCCGGCAUUCCCGGACCAGCUACAUCGGGCAGUCCUGCUAGCAUGGCCAAUAUGACGCCACAGCAACGAGCAGCCCACAUUGCAAAUGCACAAGCAGCCGCUGGACGUAUCACUCCCCUUAUGGCAACACACGAUCCAGGCCUGAUGGCAAGCAUGAUGGGGCCAGGUAGCAUGCCCAACGGCAAUGUGGCUCGACCCAGUCCGCAGCAUGCCCAUGGUGGCCCUGGGCAACAGCUACAGCAACAACAGCAACAGCAACAGCCCGGUCAGCCCGGGCAGCAAGGCCCACCGGGUGUGUUCCAGCAACCGCAGCAGCCUCAGGGCCCAGCAAGACCGCCUUCUGCCCAGGGUGGAGUGGAGGAUCCGCACACGAGCCACUUUUCUUCCGUGCAGAUGGGCUCGUCUCCAGCCAACAUGCAGCGUCCUGGCAUGCAGCGAGCCGCUUCGCAACUCGGCAACAAUCCCGGCGGUAUGGGACCACCUGGAACCGCUUCCAUCUCUUCUCCAUCGCCGCGCAUUAGUGCUAUGAACCUGCAGCAGCAGCAGCAAUCGGGCAACAACAACACUGCCAACCAGGCACAAGCGCAGGGUGAAUCGCCGGCACCAUCCAAUGUCCCGAACACACCCAAGCUUGGCUCUGCGGAAAAAGGCAAAAAGGGCAACGCUCGGCAGCGAAAGAACUCCAAGGCGACUGCCAAAACGCCCGUGCUCACAGCCGCGUCGGUGCCGGCCGCCAACACCAACGCAUCCUCCUCAGCAGCACCAACAGGCAGCAACGGCAUAGCUGGGCCGUCUACGCCGGCUGCGGCCAACGCGGCUACACCGGUGAGCGCGAAUGCCACGACUCCUGGUCGAGAUGCAAUUGCCAAGCCAGAAGGUGCCGGUGGAGCAAGUGCGGGCGGUCCGCAGCCCUCAUCUCAACCUGUCGACGCGGCUAUGCCGCCUCCGGCUGGUCCGUCUGCCAACUCGUCGGACGCGAACGCGUUUGGCGGUAUUAAUGGUCCUGACAAUGCAGUCAGCGCCAAUGGCACAUCAAAUCUGGACGGCAGCAGCAGUAGCAGCAGCAGCAGUAACAACAACCCUAACAACAACAACAACAACAACAACAGCGGCGGCGGCGGCGGUGGCGUGGAGGCUAAUGGUACUGGCGCCGGGGGUACAGGCGGAGCUGAAGACUUUAGCAUGUUCGGCUUCGGCGGCUCGAUGAACGACAUUUUCGACUUUGAGCUCUCCACUGAUGGUGCGGGAGGUGGAGGUUUGGGAGGAGAUGGAUGGGACAGCAACUUCGGCAACCUGUUUGGCUCUGUCACGGGCGGCCAGGACGGAUCCUGA